GGUUGAGUACCAAAUCCAGACGUCUGGUGGCCCUGCCUGUGGCAGGGGGGUUGGAACUUGGUUUGGAACUCCUUGGGGUCCCUUCCAACCCAAGCCAUUCUAUGAUUCCUUGAGUGUUUUAUAGUUACUGCUCCUCUUUAGUUGUGUUCUGGAAGAUGCUGUGCGAAGGGUUUCUGCUCGGUGACCUCCACUGGUACAUGGGAGGAGUAGGUAGUAAGGAAAAAAGAACAAAAUGUUCAUUGUGCUAUUAUCAAGGUGCAGCAAAGCAAUCCCUGAAGGCUUGUCUUAUUGGAAAUGUCCUUUCUCCUCCUUGACCACAUAAACAGGAAAACGUUUGGAGCUGCCUGACCUGGACACCAGUGAGGCAUGUCAUCACUAACCUGAGUAUUCUUCUGAAGAAACUGUCCCUGAGCUUCUGAAUGGGAAUGUACUUCCCAUUACUAAAUGUCCCCUCAUAUUAGUCUUGAAGUGUUUAAAGUUACGUUCUUGGUUGAAUAAUGUUGACUUUUCUGAAUGAAAACAUGAAGGAGAAACACUUUUCCUGUUCGUCAACAUCAUAAAAGAGGGCUUCUUUAAGGAAGAUGACCUUUUUGAACCUGCAAAUAUUUAUAAGGGGAUCAGCUUGAGGUAAAGUAAGAGAGUUAUCUGAAUCCUUGGCAGUACAUAGUCUUACAUUCACUGACUGACCAAUGAAAGAAGAGGCAUACAAGACACUGCAGGCAGCAGGUGUGAGUAUUUGAGAUGACCAAGAUUGGGAAGUUACAUUCAAGUCCAGUCCAUAUGAGCAGCUAAAAAAGAGCUGAAUUCCUCUGUUCUGGAUGCGCUGGACUGUUUCAGCCAUGUGCUCUGUGUCUAUAUAUGUCCGAGUAUGUGCACACAUCUCCUUCCCAGGAGUGGAAAGUGGACAGCAGAGGAAGACGAAAAAGUUCUUUGAAAGUUUCCUAAAACACCUGAACAAAGCCCAGUGGGAUUGUUGGGUUUGAGGCCAGCAGUGGGAGUAAGAGCACCUCGUUUAAGCUCCCGUUUAAUUGUUCAUGAUGGAAAACAUUCUCCUCUCCAUUGCCUCAGUGCACGUAGGCUGCAUGGUGCUAAUUCCUGAGCUGCAGUGCCUUUGUUUGCUCAGUGUUUGCACAGCUAUGGCACCUGUUUUAUUGAGGGCUGCCGUUGGGGAUCUCCGGGUGGUACAGAGGUGCAGAGGAAACAUUUACUCUGGGCAUUUCUCCCUGCUGCUUUUCUGCUGUUGUCCUUUGUGAUUAAUUUGUUCUCUUUCUCUCACCCUUCUGCUGCAUUUCUGUAACUUAAAAAAUAAGGUUACCUUUUAAUGUCAUUUAGCACCCUUUCUGAAUGGAUUAUUUUUGCCUUCAGUUUAUAGGUCACUCCCUGAAGAGACUGGUCACUAGUAGAUCAUUUUUGCUAAUUGGAAAAAAAAAAAAAAAUCAUCAGGUUUUAAUAUUAGACUUUAAAAUAUGAGGUAUGCAUCCAAUGUUUUUCUUUCUCAAAUAAAAAUCCACCCAAGACCCUACAGAGAAAUGCCAGCUUCCUUUCCAUAUUAGAGAAGUGGUUACAAUGACCCAUUUUUGCCUUAACGUUAAUUAAGGUGUCAUAAGGAGUCUGUGAUGCUGUUGGCAGGUGCUCUGCAGGGUGCGGUCUCCUGUAGUAACUCUCACUACAUUGCCCCUGCAUGUCAUUAGUGCAGAUGUUGAUUGGGUGAGACAACAGCAGCUGGGACUUGGAAAUACUGUAAAGUUGCUGCUAAUUUUGUCAGACUGGGUGUGUGGUGGAGACUGGUGGCCUCCAGGUGACUGAUUUGCUCCUGGAAUGGGAAGUCCUGAAGGGGCUCAAUGCUAGCUUCGCAUUACCUCUGAUUGUCUGAGCCAGUGAGCAACGUGGCUUUGCUGGGCUUUUGUGCCAAAUAACCCAGGAGACCAGAGACAGGAAUGCAGCAUCAGUAGCUCAGAAUGUUCCAGUAAGUCUGUCACAGUGAUGGAGUCACAUCUGCAAAUGUUUGCAGAAUCAAGCCCCCCUUCAUCUGUGACAAGGGUUUAGAAAUGUUGACACCAGUAGUGGAUUUCUAAAUAGAUUUAAUUGCAUCUUCUUCGGUUUCACUGUUGGCCUCUGAAUGUGAAAGCUUUCCUGUGGCUUUUAAAGACCCUUUCUAAAAUCAGCCAUGAUAAGAUACCUCUAGAUUUUGAAGCUUAGCUUUACCCAUGUCUGGCUUUUCUAUGUGUCUCUCCUAUUUAACUACAAUUAACUAGAGCUGAACUUUACUUCAGCCUGGGAAUAGAUGUCUGUGGGAUGGUAGUACAGGAGCACAUCUGGAUGGAGGGGAGGAUGUGUCCAUUCACAGGUGUGCAAGAUGGCACCAGCCCAUCUGUGAUGACACAAAACCAAUGUCCCUCUGCUGGUAGAAGGACUUCAGCAGCUAUGUAGAAAACAUGAUGAUUUUUGAGGUGUCAGGCUGUGAUGGAGCAGUCCUGGAGCAGAUGUUGCUGCUGCUGCUGCUGGCCCUGGCUGAUGUACCCCAACCAGGCCCAGGUGGGGCCUACAGCUUGUGUGAGCUAUGGAGAACAUCUCCCAGGGGAGAAAAGUGGCCUUGCUCAGAUUCUCUAGCCAUAGCGGAAAAAGAUGUAGAAAGGGUGCACAUGGCAUCCUGGUACUUUUUCAGUCCUGAGUCCUCAGUGGCAAUGGCUAAAGGCAUAGAGGUACUUUGGAGGCAUUUUCUGUCACAGCAGUGUCUCUGAGGGCCGUACUCAAGCAGUGAUUACGUUCCCUGACUUCCUUUGACCAGCCUGCCUCAGACCUCCUUCUUCUGCACCCCACCCCUGCCUAGAAACUUCCUCUAGCCCUCAGAGCAAAACCAGUGGCCAACACAGUCUGCAGCUGACAGAAAAAAACACUUAAAAACCCUAAACCUUAACUUGUGGUUUCCUGGAAACUACCACAAAAAUCCUGAUCCCUUUUGUGGAACCACAUGCAUGGUUCACAACUGCAAAAGAUAUGGUGGGAGAGGAUGGGAAAAAGAACAUCCCACUAAAAGGAGAACUAUUAGACUGAAGUUAGAUAUGAGUAGUCUGGAAAAACUAAAAUAGAAAAGCUAAAGUUGUCUGGAAUAGCUAAAAUAGAAUGUAGGCUUUCUGACGUAAAUCCAGCCCUAAGUUAGGCUGAGUGUGGAGGGUGAUGUUGCUUUCUUUUUUCUUGUUUUUUUAAUCUUCCAGAAAAUGGGCCACCCUGAUGGACCUCAGCACAUCCCACUGUGGGACCAGAUAUACUGUCUGGUACAGCCCUGAAGGCAGCAGUAAAUCCCCAGCGGUUAUCCUCUCACACAAAUGGCAGAGGUCUCUCACAGCAGUGACAACUAAGGGUAUUUUAACUGGCAAUGUCAACAGAGACAAUUUAUAGCCUAUUGUGUGAAUGCAGCUGCUGAGCAUUCAUACCCCGCCGCCAUCUUAACAUUCCUGACUAUUUUUGAUUAGUAAUUUCGACAAAGGAUGUUUAACAAGAAUGCCUUCAUAUCACAACACACUUUUCCUCUCAUUUAUACCCUUUCCCUUCUCUGUUUUCUUCCUCUGGUUUUCCUUCCUUUCCAUAUCUCUCACACAUACACACAUCCCAGAAAAGAAAAAAGGUGUUGGAGGAAGAAAUGAAGCUAAACCUGGCAUCACACACUGUAAGUACAAUUCAGUAAUAGGAGUGUUUUUUACAUACAAAUAUUUUACAUAAAACAGUUCAGAAAGUAAGAUAUUCCCUAUAUCUUUCCUAUAUCUAUAUUACUGCUAUAGCUGAAAGUCUCUUUACUCAUUCAAUGAAUAAAUAAAGAGUUACACUACAUUUUUAAGUGCCAUCCUUUCCAACUCCACUUUUAGUGUCUGAAUAAAUAAGGCUCACUACAGAAAGGAUGCUCAGUGUGCUCUACUGUGGGGUUACACUUCUUGGGACUGUAGAGCUGGGGAGAUACUGUCUUUGUGCAGUUACAUUCUGCUUUAUUAAAUGAUAACAAGUAUCCAUAUUAUGUCUAUUUCUAUUACAACACAGAUUAGAAAGGACAGACUGACACAAAACAUCCCACAGGGUUCUGAGCAAUGGGUGGAAAGCAGUUGUAGGUUAUGUUCUCAGGACAAUGGGGUGUGGUGGUGAGGAAGAAAGGUCUUGAGUGUUCUUCCACCUGCAGUUUUCUGGAAACAUCCAUGGGACAUCCUGCGUGACUUCAGCCAUUGCCGGGCAUUCAUCCUAUGAGCCACCAGCCCUGCCACUGCUGAGUGAUGCCCCAAUAACCAAGUGCCUGUGGGAGAAAGAAAUGAUACAAACCACCCCCCAUCUUGUGUUCAGUAAAGGCUUCCCCCAUUUCUUGUCACCCCUGCUGGGAGCCUCAGCCCGGGGGGAGAAUUUUUGGUAUGGCAGUGAUUGACAAGGCCAUGAUGCACUGUCAGGGAGGCUGUGUUUUAGAAAUAAAGUUGCUUUGAGGAAUUGCAGUGAAACGGCUUCCAUUGAGUGGCUGCUAAACAGGAAGUGUCUUUAAAAUACAGGGGUCCUCAUUCUUUUCUGUCCCCUUUCUGUCCCUUUGUCCAUCUGUACUUCUCUGGGGAAACAGGUCUCAGUUAAUUCCUGGCUUGUGCUUUUCUUCCCUUUCCCCCAUCCCUGCCUUUCACCACUGAAACAUCUCAGCAAUGCCAGGAGGCUGGUAUGCCCCAGGAGGUUAAGAAUAGUCUACAAUGGGAAAGAUCACUCCUGUUGUUGUUCGUCUGCUUGCAGUUGUCUGGACAGAGGAUCCAUUAAAGAGGUAAGAGCAGUGGGAUCUGAGCAGCCAGAGCUUUUCCAAGCAGAUUUAAACCCUUGGGAAGACUUGUUCCCAUAUUCAGAACUAUCAGCCUUGUUCAAUCAUCAAAGUAAUCCAGUACCAGUAACAUUGUUGGGGCUGUGUUUCUUGUUUUCAUCUUUGAUACUUACCAAAUAUUUCUUCUUUCUUUAUUCUCUAAGUUUGACUGACUUGUGAAAUGCCAAACCAGUUGAGCCAUCAGGAGCCAGCAGUGCUGUGAAACUGAUCCAACAUGGAGCACUGGGACUCGCUGGGAUUUUUGGUUGUCACUCUCAACUAUAAUGUGACAAUUAUAGGAAAGAUCUGGCUAAUGCUGGUAGUUCUGCUGCGAAUGGCAGUGGUGGUGUUAGCAGGUUAUCCACUCUAUCAAGACGAACAGGAGCGCUUUGUCUGCAACACCCUGCAGCCUGGAUGCUCCAAUGUUUGCUAUGACUUGUUCUCUCCCAUAUCUCACUUCAGGUUCUGGCUCGUUCAAACUGUGUCUAUCUUGCUACCUUACACUGCAUUCAGCAUUUAUGUUUUGCACAAGGUAGCAACAUACAUUGUAAGUAAGCACUGUUUGCUGUAUGGAUGCAGAGGGGAUAAGGGUUUAUCAAGUCCCAAAGACCUGAAGGAACUCUGUAGGAGUGAUCUUGUCAAUAGAUUGGAUUGUGAUGUGGACAGCCUAAGUGUCCUCAAUUUUUCUGGGGCAUACACUGUUCACCUUCUUUUUAGGACACUGAUUGAGGCUGGUUUUGCAGCUGCACAGUAUUUCCUUUUUGGAUUUUUUGUUCCCGAGCGCUUUUCCUGCUAUCAUUCACCUUGCACAAGCACAGUUGAUUGCUACAUCUCCCGGCCCACUGAGAAAUCCAUCAUGAUGGUUUUCAUCUGGAGUGUCACCGGUCUGUCCUUUCUCCUCAGCCUUGCUGACCUUGUCUGUGCUCUCAGGCAAAUGACAGCAAGAAGCCAGAGGAGCAAGGAGCUGGCCAAUCCCCAUGGAGAGAAUGAGGGCCUUUUAAAUAUUCCCCCAGCACUGUCUGGUAGCUCUUCCCCACCCCAAACUCAAGACUGCCCAGCACUGAAUAGCAGCAAGACCAGCGACGGCUCCUGCUCACUUCUCUCUGAAGAGGAAGAGGAGGCUACUCUUCAACCUGAAGAGGUGUCUCAGCAAGCUGCCAGCACUAACCUUAACAGCAACAGCCAUAAGCCCUGCAUGUCAGGAGAUCUUACUGUUAAGCAAGAUAGCAUUGAAGAAACCCUGUGUGCUGAUGACAAGCAAGGAAUUACAUGCCAGCAGGUGAGACCUGGGCUCCAGCAAAGCUUUGUUAAAGAUACUGCCCCGACUUUGAGACCUCAGAUCAAGUCUCACCUUGGAGCUUCUUCCUCUGUAGUUCAGAGCAAGCUUUUAGGAUACUACCCUUCAGCUGAGCUAAAAAAUCCUGAUGCACAAUCAAAUUAUAGCAGUACUAGUUGCUUGAGAUCAAAAAAGUCUGAAUGGGUAUAGAGCCCUGAGAGCACUCUAUGCUUUCAGCCAGCUGGACAAAUUGCCAUGCUCCUGAGGGGUGUUAGAAAGUCACAGGGCUCUGGGGCAGAGACUUGCUGUCUUGCUGUACAUGGUAAACCAAAGAUGGAGAAACAAACAUCCCCUGAGAAGGAAGAAAAAGCUCAGAUGAGAAUUUAAAGGAUAUUGCAUUAACUGAACUGUUUUUCUGAAAAUACAACAUAUUCACACUUUUCUAGACGUGACUCUAAAAAGCUGUGGACUGUGACUGACCUGUUCUUCUAGGAGUUCAUUUGUGCAGCUGUUUGCUCUCACCUACUGCAACAGAAUGAACUUAGAAAAGAUGUGACUUCUAAGCACAGUUGUGUGUUGUCCUCUCUCAGAAGGUUAAUCAAUCAUCUCCUCACAAUAAGCUCCCCAAGCCCACCCUAAGAAAGGACAAAGCAAGAGUAGGUAACAUAUAAAAAUUAUUAUGCUGUAGUAAAGAGUUAAUAUGCAAAGAAAGCCUGGAGCUUAGAUUUCUCUGUAUUGAAGACCACGCCUGCACUCAUUAGCAGCACCACAGCAGUACUGGCCCUGAGGUCAGCUAACACAGCCCAACCAUGUCUGUGUUACUCAGCUGCAUGAACUCCAAAAUGAGGUGGCUGCAUGGUUGAGUUCUGAGCUGCAGAGCUGCCCGGGAAGCAAACAGCAGCAGCUUGGCAGUGCAGGGCUGAGCUCGAGUGCCCAUGCCUUGGCACCACUUACUAUGUGUGAUUUUAUAUAUGAUUUCUAUAUUAUAUUAUAUUAUAUAUAAUUUCUUAUAUGACAUGUCUACAAUGUUACAUAUUAAUCUGAAAUAGUCACGCUAGGUUCCUAUUUCAGCAGGAGAAUGAUUCAGCUGAUCUGUCCCAGGCAUCCCUUAGGUUAACGUGAGUCACCUUCUGGAUGUACCUUUUUCUACCAUUAUACGAUUAUCCCAAACCUGGGCUAAAGGAAAAUGAUUUCUAAUCCCAGAGAAGGAUACAGCAGCAGUAUCUAGGCAAGUGCUCACCCUCUGUGACUGACAGGCACUAAUCAUUGGAAAACAUGUCUAAAUGGGGUGAAUCACAUAAUAACUUAUUGCUGUCACGCUUUGUGCUUUCUUUUGAUAUGAAUCCUCUUGCAUUUACAUGAGCAUGUUCCAGCAGUGAAGCAUGGAAGUGCGUGAGCUGAAUUUCCUCAUACCUGGUGAGUGUGGGCUGAAGGCUGCAUACACCUGCAGAUAUCAGUGGGGGUGGAUGCAGAGCAGCACAUGCUUGGGGAAUGCACCAACAGAAGAGCCUUUACACACGCUGCUCUGCAGGAUGGCACAGGCUGGUGUCAGCAGCCUGGAGCUGGAGCAGCUUCCACUCCUCUUGGCCUUAUGCAAAGAGAAAAGAAGCCGAGACCCCAUUUUGCCCUCACUUUGCCAUAUAACAAGUAUCUGUAAUGACAUAAAAGCUGGUUCCUCACCACAGCAAUAAGGGAAAACGGCUUUCACGUCUGUCCUGUUUGCUCCUGUGGGUACACAUGCCUCUGGGACAGUCCGGUUCACAACUCUGUAUAUCAUUCCUCACACAUACAAGGUAAAGACCAGCACAUAAUGAUCCCUCGCCUUCUCCAUCCCUUCAGGAACUUGGAAGCUGACUGGAUGGACAGAGCUGCUCUUUGGAAGCAGAAUUUACCUCUGUAAAGUAGCUCGCAACCCUGAAGUGUGCUAAAAAAUGCCUUAAUUGCUACUUUCUAAGCAAUGUUUUUCCCUUCAUUAGCUCUGUUUGUUUCUUUUAUCAUGUGUGCUUGCUGUAUGUUUUGUCAUUUCCAGGACAGAAGUGGCAUUAAUUAUUAAAUUUAUCAUAGGCAGAAAAACAUUAAAUAUUUAAAUUCCUCAGCCUCCAAAGCCUCUGUAAUGGGGUCUGCGCUGAUUACCCACACCAAAACUAAAGACUGAGACCUUUUGUGAUUCACUGCCUUUCCUCAGCUGUGAGGAGGAAUGCAAGGAACAAAUGUGGAUUCAGGCUGUCGCGUACAUCCCUCAAUGUGAGAUAUAAAUAGGAUGGGAUAAAUAAUAAAUGUACUGUGGCUGGACACAGCUUACUUAUUUGUGUCCUUA